GUUUGUUAUUGAACCGAUUACGAAUCCUUAUAGUGCGGAGUUGGCCGACAAUCAUUGUUUGAAUUAAUCACUGCAUUCUUUGAGGAUAAGUCACAGAGAAUACCGGAUAUCUGCGGUAACUCGACUCCGUUUAAUCCAAAUAUAUUAUAAGGUGUUUGCUUCAUCUGAAUCUGGACGUAAAUUUAAGCGAUUAUCAAACGAUACACAAGAAAAAGAAAUGUAUGAUGUGUUUAUUGUAUAUGAUGAUAAAGAUGUGUUUACUCAAGAAACUCUUGUUCCUGUUUUCGAAAACCAGAAGCUAGAAUAUUGUUCAUUUUAUGAUUUUCCCGGAAAGACAAAACAUAGCAUCUUAGAAUCAUUAGACCCCUUUCCUGAUAAAAUACUUGUCGUUAUAUCGGACGAGUUAUGCCAAAAUGAAAUGGAAAAAUAUGCUAUUGCAUAUAUUCUGUCGUAUGCCUUCCAUAUUUACGGAAAUGCCAGUAAAAUGUUUAAUCACGUUAUUUCUUUUAUAACUAGUGGAUCAAUAACUAUAAAGAAUGGUUUAUUUCAACUGUUGGAAACUACUAUCAUUGAUUACAAUUCAACAGCUGCCAUCAAGGAUCUUGUAUCAAAAAUCAGAUUAAAGCUAAUGCCAUUUUGUAACAUUCUAGCUAAAAAUGACAUCGCUGGAACUUUAAGUUUGCAUGGAUUAAGCUUAAAAGUUUUACAUUCACAAAUAUUUGGUCUAAUAAUUUCAUCACAAAAGCUCUGUUUACAAAUCGACUUGGAUGAAUAUUUCAGAUAUCGACAAAAACAUCAAGAUCACAAAACUGUAGAUGUUUUGGGACAAAGUGACGUUCUGAGAAGCCCUGAAACUAAAGUUUUUAUCAUACUUAACAACAGCUCGAAUAAAUUUAAGAAAGCUGUGUCUAAUAUUUCUAACAUUUGUUCAUCUUUAAUUGGCUCAUGCAGCGACUUUAAACGUUGGAAACUAGCAUGUUCUGUUGCAGGAAAGUAUGGUUCCGCCGAAGAAAACUUUUUGACGAAUAUUUACCCAAAUGUGUGGUAUGAAGUUACAAGAAACGCUGUUACUAAUAUUGUGCAACCACGUUUUGAAAAAUACAGUAGUGAUGAAGAAAGGAAGAAUUCAUUUCCAACAGCGUGGAUUAAAAGUGAUCUAGAUCAGGUUAACAAAAUAGCCCAUGCUGGUUUUUUCUAUCCAGGAGUUGGAUCAAAUGGACAGUGUUACUCUUGUGGCUGUUUCCUCUCUAAUAUACAAUAUCAUACAAAUCUUCAAACAUAUCAUGCUUCCCAAUAUCCAGAGUGUAAGUUUAUCCAGCAAACUUUAUCAGAGGAUGAAAUACAGAAUGCAAUUUCACAGUUCAAUAAUGUUGAUAAAAAAUUGUCUAUUGCUUCUAACCUUGAAAAAAUAUAUUGUACUUAUGAAUCCAGAUUGGAAACAUUUAACAGAUAUAAUAUAAGUGUAUUGGAUGUAAAUAGAAUAGCAGAAGCUGGAUUUUAUUGUGUUGCUUUAAAUAUUAUUCAGUGCUUUAAAUGUUGUGUUAGACUCUUUCGCAUUCCACAAAAUGAAAACAUUUGGGCAAUACAUGCAAAUAUAUCUCCAAAAUGUCUGUAUAUGUACGAAAAGAAGGGAAAUGAAUUCAUAUCAGGUAUGCAUGAUUCUAAGAAACAUUCAAUUUGUCCAGAGGGAACAAUUAUAACAAUUAAGGGAAUGCAUGACAGUACUCAAACAGGCACUGAAGAAGACAAUACAAACACUGAGGAAUAUUUUUUCAGACCAUGGUAGUCAUAAAACAGGUCAUUAGAUAACAGAAACAUGUGGGGAUAGCAUGGCAAAUGCAACAAUUUUAUUUGGAUAACCCGGUCCUUAACUUAUGUUAUUUUAUGUAUUGUUUGACUGUUUAAAACACUUUACCCUUAUAUAACAUAUAAUUAAUACGUAUAAUGAGUAUGUGUUUGUAACUUUAUACACACAACAUCCAAAACAGAGGACCUUAUAUAUAAACAUUCUUCACAAAAUGGAAAAAAGAUUAUGGAUAUUGGAUAAGGAUGUGGAUGUUUUCGACUAUAGGUCACUAUACAGCCUUCCACAAUGAGACAAACCCAUAUCUUAUUCUAAGCUUUAAAAUUCUGUGGCAUGACCACUUUGCUUCACAUCAGUUUAGCGGUUUCAGACAAUUUUUGAUGUUUUGAAAAUGACCAGAGUAUUUUGUGUUUGCAUCAUUAUAUGUUUAAGAUUAAUGUUCGUUGCUAGAAAAUAUAAUAAAAAUUUCAUUUUUUUAUCU